AUGCCGAUAAAAUCGGGUUCUAUAAUCAAUUUUUGUAAAACCAAAGUUACAAAUCAAAAUCUCAUAAAUGAUAUAAUCAAGGGUCUUACCACUAAAGAAAAUGAUGAGAAAGUAAUUCCUACAGUAAUUCUUUAUGACGAUCGUGGCUUACAGCUUUUUGACAAGAUAACCUACAUUGACGAAUAUUAUUUAACAAAUUGUGAGAUCGAUAUUUUGAAUAAAUAUGUUGAUCAACUUACCGACUCUGGUAGUAGUUUAAUUGAACUUGGAGCCGGUAGAGCUUUUGAAGAUGAGAUUCAUCCUGAAUUAAAGCAUACAGGUGCUGGUAUUUUAAUUCUGGAUCAAAUACAAAUGGUAGUCAGGUAA